AUGGCGUCACCAGGACCUCCCAGCGAACCUCCUCCGGAACCUGAGGCUGAUGCACAUGGUUUGCAGCCUGAGCUGUCCUUCCCAGAUCUGAGCAGCGUGCCGGGCAAUGAACUACGCAAGCUUACCGAUACUACGAUCGUCUCUGUCGAACGGAAUGGCGAGAUCUACGCGCCCAUCUUCCGCCAGAUGCAGAUCCGCGCGGAUAGGUACCAGCAAUUCCACAGUGGAGUCAUCCGUGUUAUUCGGAACAGACAUCACAAGCUCAUUCAGCGAGGCUCUGAUUCCAGUCUGAAGAACGUCACUGAACUCCUAAUCCGAGCCUUCGCGUACAUCAUUUGGAAACCCGGAUCGGAAUGGGCCCUCGCAGAUACUGAUCUUGAGGAGGGGGAAGCCAAGUUGAUCUACAUCAAGGGCAAGAAUAACAUUCUAGACGAGAGGUUCUUUCCGAUAAUCGAUCCUCUGUGGCGUCAAAUGCGCAAUCUGAUGUUCACUCGCCGCCGACAAGGCCCAACACAACGGGGCAGGUUUUCCAGGCGCGCCGAGACUGAUGGUGAAGAUUUAUACCCGGCCGAUGCGGACACUCAUUCUUCUUCUUCUUCGCCAAUCACUGCUUAUGAGCGCGCCCGUGCCCGAGCUACUGCGAAAUUAGACAAAUUGGCCGCGCACGUCGCCCGAAUGGCUCCUCCUCCCGCGCAGUGGAUGGAUUCUGAUCAUACAGAGGAGGCCAUCAUGGACCUUAUUGUGCGUCUGGUCGAGAUCCGCGCCAACAGUGACCCCCACACGUUUGAGGAAUUAUGGCAAACUCAUGUCAUGCGAGUCGAGGAGCUGGAUGACGGUCAAGGCACGCAUCAGGCGAAGCCGGAGAAAGAGAGCAAUACUGCCAGCCUUGCCAAAACAAACAAGCCGAAUCCUGGCCUCGCUCAUUACCAUGAUGGUGACCAUCGUCAGCACCGCACAUCACAAUCGAACGAGCCUUUCAUGACGCACGGAGCCCCAAGCUUACCUCGAUCCCUGGUCUCUCAAGCACUCAUCCCGCCAUCGCUCCCGUCGGUUAUAUCUGUCUACAUUAGCGUCUGUCGCCUGCCUACACGAAGCAACUUCAAUACCAUCUCGCACACGGCCGCGGCGUCCCUUGCACCAGCGUACCAGUGGCCCUCUGCACCCGUCCAAGAGCACAACCUUGCACCAUUCUUCCUCGGAGCAUGCUACCGCGUCGACGUUUCCCCAUCAGCUGUUCUGGCAGAGAAGCACAGUGCUGGCGGUGUUGCUCGUGCCGAGAUCUCAACCCAGUCCCAUCUCGGUGGUGCUUGCGACCACACUGUCUCCGACCGCGAGAUGUUGGACGCGACGAGCCACCUCCCAGCACCGCAGGUAUCCCUUCCCAAGCCAAUACGCGCCGAGUCCUCUGCUCUAGCAACUCUAGCACCACGGACCAACGUCGACGACUUCACCGAGGAGGAGUGGCGGUUCAUUGCUCUCGGCUGGCGCGACUUUCAGAACGACCUACGCCACGCAGCUCGGAUGGGCACUCGGGUCUGGAGGAUGAAAGUGGGCAUCAUCACCGCAAGCUCCGCCUGA